AAGACAAUUUAUAAAAUGUUGUUAACCUCAACUCUCUCUUCUUCACUCAAGAGCUCUAAGCGAGAGUGGAAGCCUCUCGAGGACCACAGCUGCACAGAUGUACCAUGGCUACUCAUAUUUAUUCUCUUCUGUGUAGGAAUGGGUUUUAUCUGUGGCUUUUCAAUAGCUACAGGAGCAGCUGCGAGACUGCUUUCAGGAUAUGACAGUUAUGGAAAUAUUUGUGGGCAGAAAAAUGUAAAGGUGGAGGGAAUAGUCAACAGUGGUCUGGACCUCACACACAAGAAGUAUGUGUUCUUCUUGGAUCCAUGCAACAUUGAUAUAGUACACCAGAAGAUCAAGUCUCUUGCUUUGUGUGUGUCUGCUUGUCCAAGGAAAGAACUAAAAACUCUGGCUGAUAUUCAGAAAUUUGCAGAAACGAAUGGAUCCAAUCUGUGUAGCUAUGAACUACAGCCAUCAGAAUACACUACAGACCCAGCGGCUGCCAAGUUAUGUCCUAAAUACCCUGUUCCAGAGAGUGCACCUAUUCCAUUCUUCCAUCGCUGUGCUCCUGUGAACAUUUCCUGCUAUGCCAAGUUUGCAGAGGCCCUGAUCACCUUUGUCAGUGACAGUAGUGUCUUACACAGGCUGAUUAGUGGAGUUAUGACCAGCAAAGAGAUUAUAAUGGGACUUUGCUUGUUGUCACUAGUGUUGUCCAUGAUUUUGAUGGUUAUAAUCAGGUACAUUUCAAGAGUACUUGUCUGGAUUUUAACAAUUCUUGUCAUUCUGGGAUCACUUGGUGGUACAGGAGUCCUGUGGUGGCUGUAUGCUAAGGAACGAAUAUCUGCCAGUGCUGUUGAGACUCAAAUAGCCAAAGACAAUCUUCAGGCUCUCCUGAUUUAUGCCAUUGCAGCUACAGUCUUCACGGUUAUCUUGUUAUUGAUAAUGUUAGUUAUGCGUAAACGAGUAGCUCUCACCAUUGCCUUGUUCCAUGUGGCUGGCAAGGUCUUCAUCCACCUGCCGCUGCUAGUCUUCCAGCCGUUUUGGACAUUCUUUGUGCUUAUCCUCUUCUGGACAUACUGGAUCACAGUCCUGCUUUUCCUUGGUACUACAGGUAGUCCUGUCCCAAAUGAAGAAGGAUUUGUUGAAUUUAGAAUGGUAGGUCCUUUGAAAUACAUGUGGUGGUACCAUUUAGUGGGACUCAUCUGGAUCAGCGAGUUUAUCCUAGCGUGUCAGCAGAUGACGGUAGCAGGAGCUGUUGUAACAUACUACUUUACAAGGGAGAAAAGGAAUCUGCCCUUUACUCCUAUUCUGGCAUCUGUUAAUCGCCUUGUUUGUUACCACCUAGGAACAGUAGCAAAGGGGUCUUUCAUUAUCACGCUAGUGAAGAUACCACGAAUGAUCCUUAUGUAUAUUCAUACACAACUCAAAGGAAAAGAAAAUGCUUGUGCUCGCUGUAUGCUUAAAGCCUGCAUCUGCUGCCUUUGGUGUCUAGAAAAGUGCCUGACCUACUUAAAUCAGAAUGCAUAUACAGCCACAGCUAUCAACAGCACCAAUUUCUGCACCUCAGCAAAGGAUGCCUUUGUUAUUCUAGUGGAAAAUGCUUUGCGAGUGGCUGCCAUAAACACAGUUGGGGAUUUUAUGCUGUUUCUAGGAAAGGUCCUGAUUGUCUGCAGUACAGGUUUGGCUGGGAUCAUGUUGCUGAAUUACCAACGAGAUUACACCGUCUGGGUGCUGCCACUCAUCAUUGUCUGCCUCUUUGCAUUCCUGGUUGCCCACUGCUUCCUUUCCAUUUAUGAAAUGGUUGUUGAUGUCCUUUUCUUAUGUUUUGCCAUCGAUACAAAAUACAAUGAUGGGAGCCCUGGGAGGGAAUUCUACAUGGAUAAAGUUCUUAUGGAGUUUGUGGAGAAUAGUAGGAAAUCAAUGAAAGAAGCUGGUCGGGGAGGUGGAGCUGAGGGCAGAGAGCUAAAACCAAUGGCCUCUGGAGCAAGUUCAUCUUGAAACUAGCCAGCCAUAUUGGAACCCAUUGACAUUCCAAAACAGUAUAUAUAUACAUAUAUACAUGCAUAUAUAUAUAUAUAUAUAUAUAUAAAUAAACAGCCAAAAGCAGAGAAAAGGAACAGGGAUUUAAUACUUUUUUUAACAAUUAUUUUUGUGAAACAUGUACUCUUUUCAUACGGGUGGCUUUUACAAGCAGUUUUAUCAUUGUUCCAUUUUUUUUAAUUAUUCAUUGUGGUCAUGGAAAUGUUGAUUCUUAUCUGCCUGAUAUUUUACAAUCUGGAGGAGGUAUCAUUGUAAAGAUAAUCUGAAAUGAUGACUGGUGUAGAGAGAGAUUUCCCAUGACACUGCUAAUGUGGUGAGAGUUUUACGUGCUUAAUUUGUUUAAAUCUGCAUUAAAGUCAGGACAGUUAUAUGCAAGGAAAACCUUCAAAUCAAGAAAAGUCUCAAAUUUUGUUUUUCAGAAGGUGGUUUCAGUGAGAGUUCAUUAAAAUUGAACAGGUUUGAAAGCAGUCAUUUUACUUUUCAGCCCUGGUUGGGCAUAGUUUUGUUUUAUCAGCAUCAGAUAUCACAAUAACCAACUCCUCAGGUAUUCAGGUGUGUGGGAGCCCUUGCAUCUCCUAUUAAACAGAAACUACAAAAUGGGGACAGAUAAUUUUUAUAUGCAAUUAACUUCCUGUUUUACCCUACUUACUCCUCAUACCCAUUGCCGUCUAUCCUCCCCUUGAGUUCAGUAGCCUUCUUCACACUUCAGCAGUGCUCCUUUGAAGGGUAUGAAUUCUCCAUAUGAAACAACUGAAAUAACAUUGUUAAAGCUCAGUCUUAGUCAUACUCAUCAUUAAUUCAUGACUAGAGAUAAAGGUGCUGAGGAUGGAAAGAGAAAUGGACUGUACACCUGUACAAAAAAGUACUGUAUGCUUCAUUUCAUUCAAUGCUGGAGAGCUCUGGGAGGAGGAAGGGACUGCUCCUUACCUGUCAUUUCAUCCAUAUUUGUGUGUACUGUAGCGGGUGGCUAAAACAGGAAAGGGCAGACAAACAUUUAUUUAGAAGUGUAACUGCCAGGAUAGUUAUCUAAAGUUAUCAAAUAAUAAGAAAAGAACAUGCUUUUUUAUUAUUAUUAGAUACUUAUAUUUCUUUUCAGUCUGGAAGCUCACCAGAUACAAAUGCUAUAUUAAAUUGUUUGGCAUACUGUAAUGGUAAAUGCUUAGAAGUGUAUUUGCUAAGAAUUCAUGAUUGUGUCUAUGCUAUAAACUCCUUUUGUUACAAUUUUUUUAAGAAAACUAUUUUUGUUAAUGUAAAAUUAAUAUUUCAGAGCAGAAUUUUUAAACUUAUUGCACUAAAUACGAGCUCUGUACAAAUGAAUAAUGCCUCGAUGGUUCGAUCACUCCAUUCAAGAAAAUCUUUUGGAAGAGAAAAGCCCUUCUACAGAAGGUUUGCAAUGGAGUGGAGUGGUAUGUCUAGCUAGAGACAUGCACAACUCGUCUUACAAAGGUUUAAUAAGUAAGCAGUUAUCUGUGCUUCCUUUCAGAGGAUCAGACUUUUAAAUUGCUGCCGAAGGUUUAAAAAAUACAUGGUACCAUGUAGCUAACCAGUGCUCUUUACCUUUUGGCAACAGUGAAAUAUUUCACUCCUGCUUCUAUAAAUCAUUUGAUAAAUUUGUGUAGCUUUCUUUCAGUAACCCAAUUAAAAGGAUUUACUCUUUUCAUAUCCCAGAACCCAAACUAUGCGAAAGUAAAACUACAUUUGCAAAUGAUAGCUGCUGGGGAGGCAGGGAGACAGAAUUAUCCAAUCCUGCAAGCUCUUAGACACUUAGUUAAGUAAACCAAAUCGGUAGCUCCACUGAUGUCAGGAGAAAGUUGUUUAAGUUACUCAUCCAUGUAACUGCUUACUGGCCUAGAGCUUCAACCUAGGGAUUCAGACUGGAACACGGGAGAGGCCUCUCACUUCAACUUAGAGAUCAGGCUAUCUAGAAGAAGCACUUCAGCAGCCUUAAGUUUGUGGAGAGGAGACAUUCUUGCUGUACCAAUGUGUAAGACAGCAGUGGCACUGAGCACCGAUAUUUGUGUGUAUCAAUGGGGGUUAGCAACAGAAAUUUACAAGCUGGCUUAGAUGAACCUUAGAAACUGAAUUCCAAGGCCAAGAGAUUUUUCAUAUACCCAGUUGCUUCCAGAGAAACUAAUUUCCAUCUUGUUUGGAAAUUAUUGAAGGUGCUUUGAUUGAAGCCUUGAAUUUUGCUCAUUUUGACGACAAAUUUCUGCUAUGACCAGUUCCACAAGUUUGUGUUCUCUGCUCGCUGGAAGUCCUGGGUGGGUGUUUUCCUCUGUAAUUGCAACUAGAACUGCAGUUGGAAACAAAUUUUGUAUUUUUGUAUUACUUGACUGUGCACCAUUUUUAUAGCAGUUUAUCCUGUUUUAAAAAUAAAUUUGUUUUAUUUACAUGGUGUUUAAAAGAUACAGGCAACACUUUUCUAUGGGUAGUUGUAAUGUUUAAGUGGCAAAUCUAUAUCGUUACCAAGUUCUUAAUAAAAUUGUGUGCACCAUUCUUGAGUGUA